CGAUCAAUAAAUAAAUCACUUACACCAGGUCUCAGUCGACGGUUAGAUCGCGCAGCCUCUUUGUGUGUUCCUCUUGCGGAUCCUAUAAGUCCCAGCGUAUUUAAUAAUUGCGGAGAAAUGUCUAUGACAGCGUUGGGGGUCAGCGCCCUAUUCAUGGUGGGAUGCUGUACCAUCGCUCAGAUCGCCCGCGUCCUCAGCCGACGCCUGGUUGCUCGGGAGGGAAUCGUUCCCAUCCUCAUUAACGAGGCGAUCGCUGCUGCCGAGCUGUGCGCCUGCUGCUUCGAGUUGAUUAUAGUGGCCGACAACUUUGGAGUGUCCAUGUACGCCAUUUGCCUUUUUCUGCUGACCGUGUGGUGGGGCCGCGUGUGGGGCGACGCCUCCGCUUGCCCUUACACCCACAUGGAGGACGUCCUGGAAGGGCGCACCAGCUUCAAGGAGAUGGCGCUUCGCAGUUGGGCCGAGCUGAUGGGAGGCUGCUGCGUCUACAGGGUUGUACAGCUCUUUUGGUGGCUGGAGCUGGCCGAGACCCAUCGAGGACGUGCCUUUGAGGCCUGUAACGCCGACCUGCAGGUCAGCCCGUACCUGGGUGCAGUGAUCGAGGGCGUGGCCACCUUACUCUGCCGUCUGGCGUCCAAGGCCAUCAGUGCCAAGGAGCCGCGAUUUGGCAGCUACAUCGAUUCCUUCAUUGGCACCAGUCUGGUGGUGGCGGCCUUUAACUUCUCCGGCGGCUACUUCAAUCCUGUCUUGGCCACAGCCCUCAAGUGGGGCUGUCGCGGCCACACACACCUGGAGCACAUCAUUGUCUACUGGAUCGGCGCCUGUGCCGGCGCUGUGCUCUCCAUUCCGGUCUUUAAGCUGCCUGUGGUGCGUCGCCUCCUUCUUGGUGCAGAGCCGGAGUCCAAGCCAAAGCUGGAAUAAAAGCCGUCACGAAAGACAACGUUAAACAUAUCUUAAAAAAGUCUCUGGUUUUAAAAAUUUCUUCAAUUUCCCCUGAUCGGCUCACUCCAUUUGAGGUGCGGGUAUAUCUUUUCUAGUACUGUAAUAAAAACCUAAUUGAUUGGAAUUUAGAAAACCUAGAAAGGGAAACGAAGGCAAGACAAUCUGUAGAUAAUUAUAAGCAAUAAUAGACCCUGUUAUAUCUAAUGACAACAAAAAAAAUCAAAUAUUUGUUAUAAAACAUUUUAUUAAUUCGUUAAUAAAGGAUAUUUAAGUUUUCAA